AACACCAUCGUUACCAUUACCAAUAAAUCCAUCUUCAUUUUUAUUGCACACACUGCUUCCAAUAUUUUUAGUACUAACGACUUUCGGACCUGGUUACCAAACGAUUUCUUCUUUUGCUAUUAUCUAUUUUCCUCUUUCUGUGUAUUACAUAAGAACAUGCACACGAUGGUGGUGGAUAUUUUUAUUUUAUAUAAUGAAUAGUAUAGGAUUUAUGUUGGCAUAUAUGAAUACAAUGAAUUUAGGUGAUGAUUUAAGAAGCUAUAAAGGAAUAACUUUUGGUAUCGGAUUAAUUGUAAGCUUGAUAAUUCUCAUACCAUACGUCUUUGAUAGAAUUGCUCAAAGCAAAUUUUCAAGUGAUGGAUGGGCUAGAAUUCUGAUCUUCCCUUGUGUUUGGACUGGAAUAUGGACUAUUUUUUUAUUUUCGUGGCCAUUAGGUGAUUGGGGAAAUUAUGCAUUUACUUUAUUAAAUUACGAAGAGAUUAUGCAGUUGGCAUCAUUUGCAGGAUUAGGAGGAAUAAAUUUUAUAUUGUCAUGGAGUGGUCCGGUAGGAAGUGAUAUAAUAUAUUAUCACGUGACAAAGAAUCAAAAUUCAUCUACGGCAACAACGAGCACUGGUUCUAUUGUAGUUGAUGAAGUAUCAAUUGAAGAUAACAGCACUGACACUGUAUUAAGACAUCCACCUACUCGAACUCCGAAAAGGAGUUUAACAUUACCAACAUUUAUUAAUUCAUUGAGUAUUUAUAUUUUUGUGUUGUUUUUGGUUAUCACUUACGGUAGCAUUAGAUUAAAUACUAGUUUUAUACCGUUUUAUCAAAAAAGUAUUAAAGAAACUUUUCCUCAAGAAUUGGUUAAUUUUGGCUGUGUUAUAGGAAAUUCCGAUAAUCAAAUAGAUGAUUAUAUGAGUUACGUAAACCUAACCCAAAAUUUGGCAAUUUCAGGUAACAAAAUUAUUCUUUGGUCAGAAGGAGUGGCCGGAAUAUUCAAUGAAGCGGAUCUCAACUCAUUAUACGAAUCAAUUAGAAAUAUCAGCAUAUCUUAUAAUGUAUACAUUGGUUUUACUUACCUUGAUGCUACUAACCACCCUAAUACUACUAUAUAUAAUAAACAAGUAGUGAUCAAUAAUAAAGGUGAUGUGGUUAUAGAUUAUAAGAAAAGUAAUUUAGUACCUUUUGUAGAAGCUAAUUUUAUAACUAAGGGUAAUAAUAAGUUGCAAACUUUCCAAAGUGAGGAUUUUGGAAUUAUUGGAUCCGCCAUUUGCUUUGAUUUUGAUUUUCCUAAAUUAAUUGGUCAAGCACCUUCAAAGAAAGUUAAUUUAAUGUUGGAUUCUAGUUAUACUUGGGGCCCGGUUGGACCAUUACAUGCACGUAUGAAUUCGAUACGUUCAAUAGAAAAUGGAUUUACAAUAUUUCGUUGUAAUUCGGAUGGAGUUUCAGGAAUAUGGAAUCAAUAUGGACAUCCAUUACAUUUCAUUCCAACAGUGAAUACAAACACGACUACUUUUCAAGUUCCAAUCAACGUGGUAAAGAAUAGAGUUAAAACUGUUUAUUCUGUAUUUGGUGAAACUUUUGGAUGGAUUUGUGUCGGUGGUAUCGGUAUUUAUUUGAUUGUUAUAGUUGUAGCGAUAAAAGGCAGUGAUCAAUGGAAAGCUAGAAUUAUUCAUUGGUCAUAAAAAAGACUUUGUUUACCUUAUUUAAGAAUAUCCAUGCUGCGGUGAUAAUCAUUUGUCAAUCGGAGUGGUAAAAAUAUUUCCGUUUACUUAAACCAAAAUUAUCCUUAUUUUGGUAUCGUAAACCUGUUUAUCUUAUCAUAACUAAUUAAUUAGGAAUACUAUCUCUUUUUCUAGUAACAUGCUUUUGCCUUUAUUUUAAUUAUUCAUAAAAUGUUUAAAUGUAUUUAUAAACUUUAUAUAAUUUUUAAACGUAAACGAAAAAAGUCAACGUAUAAAAAUAGUAAAGAGAUUAGAAUGUUCGAUAAAAAUUUAUUAAAUUCAAUAUCAUCUACCCAAGAUUCUUAUGAUAUUAUAGGUAAAAAAUUACCAGUCAAAGAAUUAACCCCUAUUAAAAAUUCAAAUGAUAAUAACCCCUUUAGAGAUAAGGAAUUUUUAAGUGAAAUUUAUAAUCAAAAUUAUAAAGAAUUUCAUGUUUACAGUUCCAUUCUCUCGAAAGAU